AUGAAGAGCUGCUACGUUGCGCUGCUUAUAGCGGCCCUCGCCAUCGGCGCCAGGGCGCAGAUUCCCUACUUUGGCUCCUGCCCGGAGUACCUACCCAUGCCUGGUUUCGACAUGGAGCGGUUCCUCGGUGUUUGGCACGAAGCCGAGCGUAACUUCCAGUUGUCGGAAAUCGCUUCGCGGUGCGUCAUGUCGAACUACACCCGAGCGAACGACGGUAAACUGCACGUCAUCAACGAAGUAAGAAGCCAAUUCACCGGUAUCAAGCGAGUACUCGAGGGUGAGAUCAAAAAGGCUCCCUCGAAGGCCGAGGAGGGCAAGCUUCACGUAAAGUACACGUCGGUGCCGGUCCUCCCGUACGAGUCGCAGUACAGCGUAUUGGAAACCGACUACGACAACUACGCCGUGCUCUGGAGCUGCACGAGGUUCUGGCCCCUCACGGUCCACAACGCCUGGAUCAUGACGAGGCAGCGCAUCCCCCCGGGCGAGGUCCUUCAAAGGGCUUACGGGAUCCUCGACAAGUACAAGAUCUCCAAGGUCCUGUUCCUCAAAACCAACCAGGAGGACUGCUCCUUCGAUGAGCCCGCCAAGGCAACCGAGCCGCCGAAGAACGACGACGACGAGGUGACCGCCGUCAAAAGUGCCGAGGCUCAGGUUGCCACCGCGGCGGCAGCUGCACCCGAGCCUACCAAAGCCGAGAAGGAAGGACCAAAGUCCGUAACCGAGAUCAUAAUGAAGAUAGCCAGUGAGGCCAAGGAGCAGCCCAAAGAGGAACCGGUCAAGGAGCCGUUGGCUGCGGAAUCGGUGGCUGCCAAAGAAGAGGAGAAACCGGCAGUGCCCGAGGGGAGCGCGCCCGUCGUCGCGGAAGAGAAAAAGCCCGAGAUCGAGGAGCAAAAGGCGUCGAUCGCCGAGAUCGUCGAGGAGAAGAUCGAGAUCGUCAAGCCCUAGCUGCGAGGCUUGCUUUUUUAAAAUUUAAGAUACAAAGGCUGCGAUACAAUGCGCGAUCAUCCUCUUUUUUUUCCCCUCCAACCUCCCCUCCCCGCCUUAUUUUUCACUUAUCUGUAGAUUGAAUUUCGUCCUGGGCUUGUAGCGGCAGUCGAUUGGAGCUGGGCACAUCAAACCGUAAGACGCGCGUGCGGGCUUGCCUCCAGGAGGCUGCCAGUCUCGCUCGGGACCACCGCGUCAUUUCUCUCUCUCUCUCUCUCUCUCUCUCUCUCUCUCUCUCUCAUAUA